CCAAGGCCUCCAGGGGUGUUUCAAAUGUCCGUCAGUUCAUAAGCUGCUCCCAUUCACCUGAUUCAGCUUAUCCAAAUAGUCCGCAUUAAUGACCACUUUUUAGUCUGUCUGGAAGCCUAAACCCCCUUUUUUUGGCCUUCUCGGCUGUCUAUGUAAUUAUAAUAAUGCAAAAGAAUGUGCUCAUACCGAGUCCAGUAAUGUAAAGCUAAAUAUAGCAUUGUGUUAAAUGACGGAAAUUGGGCCAGCAAAAUGCUAUCAUGCAAUGGUUUGUGACCGGUCAAAUUUUGGUCUAGCCAGCAUACUAUGUAUAGCAUAACAAAACAGGGGCAUGCCAAAUUUAGCCAACCGUCCCAUCUCUCUUGGCUGAUGCUUCACGUGCUACCUCGUGUUCUUCCUGAUGAGAAUUCGGAUACGAAGUGACAUUAUAUCAUCUUUAUGGGGUAAUGUAACUCUGUCCAUUGUUUUCUUGCACAUUUUUCUUCGAGAAAUCUCCUGGCAUUAUGUGUGUGAAAAGAACAUGUGCAUCCAGUGUUGAAUUUUACAAGAUGCUGUUUUACUUGAUAUCUUGUCCGAAAUUAAAAUUGCUCUUACUUUGUCUUAUGAUAUUUUGUUCAUAGCCACAGAAUCAUAAUUGUGAAUUAGUAUCUGCUUUCAAGUAAGUCCAGAGAUAAUAACUAUUGGUCGCAGAACCUAAAUAUUGUUGAAAUGCUUGUUGGUACAGAUUAUAUUUUGAAACAGAAAUAUGUGGCGAUCUUGUAACAAUAACAAAGGGAGUAUUUCUAGUAAACCUAUAUGAGUCAUGGCAGUACAUGUACAUCAUGCCUUUUCACGCACACAAUCUGAUUAUGUUUUAGCCCCCUUUUCAGACAAUGGAACCUAAGAAAACCCUAUUUAAGGGAGUGUCUGAGGAUUUCAGGGGAAGGGCAGCUUGCUACAAACAAGAUUGGCAGAAUGGCUUCAGUUCUGGUCUCAGGAUAUUGGCACCUACGUUGUACAUCUUCUUUGCAUCUGCACUACCCGUUAUCGCCUUUGGGGAGCAACUGAGUAAAGAUACAGAUGGUACACUCACGACAGUUGAGGCAUUAGCAUCAACUGCUAUAUGUGGCAUCAUACAUUCUGUAAUAGGCGGACAGCCACUGCUGAUUGUUGGAGUUGCAGAACCAACUAUUAUCAUGUACACGUAUCUCUACAAUUUUGCAAAAAAUGAGCCAAACCUUGGACCGAGGUUAUUCCUAGCAUGGGCUGGAUGGGUUUGCAUCUGGACUGCAGUCAUGUUGUUCCUCAUGGCAAUGUAUAAUGCUGCAGCUGCUUUAAACAGAUUUACAAGGUUUGCAGGAGAACUGUUCGGAAUGUUAAUUACAAUUCUGUUCAUGCAAGAAGCUAUCAAGGGAAUGUUUAGUGAAUUCAGUGUACCUGAGGGUAACGACGAGAGCCUACCGAUAUACCAGUUCCAAUGGGUAUAUAUUAAUGGUCUGCUUGGGCUUGUGUUUUCAAUGGGACUGCUCUAUACAGCAUUAAGUAGCAGGGGUGCAAGGUCAUCGCUCUACGGCACUGGGUGGCAAAGGAGCUUAAUUGCUGACUAUGGUGUUCCGCUUUUGGUCAUACUGUGGACCGCAUUGUCAUAUUCGUUACCCAGCAAGAUCCCUUCGGGUGUUCCCAGGAGGCUCUUUACCCCGCUCCCUUGGGAACCCAAAUCACUACAGCAUUGGACAGUAGCUAAGGAUUUGUUUUCUGUCCCUCCAGCCUACAUUUUUUUGGCUAUUGUGCCUGCUGCGAUGGUUGCAGGACUCUAUUUCUUUGAUCAUAGUGUAGCUUCACAGAUGGCUCAGCAGAAGGAAUUUAAUUUAAAGAAUCCAUCAGCAUACCAUUACGACAUUUUGAUCUUGAGCUUUUCGGUCUUGAUCUGUGGUCUUCUUGGCAUUCCUCCAUCUAAUGGAGUACUUCCCCAGGCCCCCAUGCACACGAGAAGUCUUGCUGUCCUGAGGAGGCAGGCCUUACGGAAAAAGAUGGUCCAAACCGCCAAGGAAGGCAUGAUGAACAAUGCUAGCAGUUCAGAAGUUUAUGGAAAGAUGCAAGAAGCUUUCAUUAAAAUGGAUGAUAAAAUGAAUGAGGAUUCUGUUCACGAAGAGCUCAAGGACUUGAAAGAUGCGGUUAUCCCAGAGGGGGAUGGAUCAGGGAGUGUGCCUGAAGUAUUUGAUCCAGAAAAACAUCUGGAAGGUUACUUGCCUGUCCGGGUGAAUGAGCAGAGAGUAAGCAACCUGCUUCAGUCUCUGCUGGUUGCCGGUUGUGUUGGAAUUGUGCCGGUCAUUCAGAAGAUACCCACAUCAGUCCUUUGGGGUUACUUUGCUUAUAUGUCCAUAGACAGUCUGCCUGGGAACCAGUUCUGGGAGCGGAUACAACUUCUGUUUGUCGCACCUCAGCGGCGCUACAAGGUUCUUGAAGGUGCCCAUGCGUCCUUCUUGGAGUCGGUGCCUUUCAACAAGAUAUCUGCCUUCACCCUUUUCCAGCUGGUUUAUCUCUUGAUGGUCUGGGGGGUGACAUGGAUACCAGUAGUAGGAAUCCUCUUCCCGCUCUUGUUCUUCUUUCUCGUUAUCAUUAGGCAGCAUUUGCUCCCAAAAUUCUUUGAUACACGCCACCUGUGGGAAUUGGAUGCAUCAGAGUACGAAGAAUGUGAGGGGGUUCGCCGUGAUCCAUCGAUAUCAGAGGCUGAAGAUGAAUCCAUUGCCCGCGGCAUUGAAGCUCCCCCUGAUUAUGCUUCUGAGAUAUUGGAAGAGUUCACGACUCACCGUGGAGAACUGAAGCACAGGGCCCCGAGCUUCCGCGACGAGCGGCUGAUACGGCUGAACUCGGUCCAGAUGACGAGACAGUUCUCCCGGAUCUCUUCUUUUGCUCCUCCACGGCCCUAACUGAGGAAGGAGAUGUGAAGACAUUCUUUCUGGCAUGGAUCUCUAGACGAUGGGUGCAAAAAUACCCGGCGUAUCACGGCUUGUACAUGGCGGAGCGAGUGAUAACAUUCUUGUCUACAUCAAGUAACCGCUGCCAAGGAUACAUACCAAUCUGGGGCCAAAGACACGUCGAGGAACGACGAGCUGCGCGGGGAAUAGUGAAAUUUGUAGUGCGUGAAUAUGAGCUAUUGUGCAGAAGAGAAGAAAUGGAAAUGGAAAGGGGAUACGGCAAGGGAACAGCGUAUUAUUUUUGUUAGGCU